AUGUCCUCGUCGGUCUCGUCUUCGUUCCGCCUUCUCACCACCAGAAUCCCAGUCCCCCUUUCAUCAACCAAGUCACUCUUCUCCUCCUCCUCAUUCAAACCCACCCUUUCAUCUCCCUUCCUUAUCUCCAAAUCCAUUUCAUUCCAGCGAAUCGAGACGAGGAACCAAUCGCGAUCACCAACAUCAAUCUCAGCAUCGAGCUCCACAUCUCUGCAACCCGUCGAAGAGCUCCCUCCCAAGCUCCAAGAAAUCGUGAAGCUUUUCCAGUCCGUGCAGGAACCCAAAGCCAAAUACGAGCAGCUGCUUUUCUACGGCAAGAACUUGAAGCCGCUGGAUGCCCAGUUCAAGACAAAACUGAACAAAGUGGAAGGAUGCGUUUCUCAAGUCUGGGUCAGGGCUUACUUGGACAAUGAUCGGAAUGUCUCGUUCGAGGCGGAUUCCGAUUCCGUUCUCACCAAGGGCCUCGCUGCUUUGCUCGUUCUAGGUCUCUCAGGGCGGCCAGUCGAAGAGGUUUUGAGGGUCUCUCCUGAUUUCGCUGUGCUUCUUGGUCUUCAACAGAGUUUGACCCCUUCCAGGAAUAAUGGGUUGUUGAAUAUGCUCAAGUUGAUGCAGAAGAAAGCUCUUGAGCUGUAUGUUGAAGCAGAAAAGGGUGUGCUAGAGUCAGCCCAAAGUUCAGAGGGGGGUAGCGCUCAUAAUGAAUUACAAAGCUCGAAGUUGGAGUCAAAUGGCGAUGCUAGUUCCAGUAAUUCAACUGUGGUUGGCAGCAGCAGCGUGGGUGAGGGUUCGGUAUCAAAGAAAGACGUGAAAGCCUCCGAAUUUCCUGGUCUAGGGAGUAGAGGGACUAGAAUUAAGGAAAAAUUGGAGAAGGAGUUGGACCCGGUUGAACUGGAUGUUGAAGAUGUUUCUUAUCAGCAUGCGGGGCAUGCUGGUGUUAGGGGGAGUGAUGGGGAGACGCAUUUCAACUUGAAAGUUGUUUCAAAGGAGUUUGAAGGGAAAAGCUUGGUGAAGAGGCAUAGGUUGAUCUAUGGUUUGCUGCAAGAGGAGCUGCAGAGUGGAUUGCACGCAUUAUCUAUUGUUGCCAAAACCCCGGCUGAAGUUGGAGCAGCAUGA